AUGGAGGCAAGAAAGGUAUAUCUUACCACGCCUAUUUACUAUGUUAAUGGAAAGCCUCACAUCGGUCAUGUCUUCACAACGCUGCUUGCAGACACUUUGAAGCGCUUUAGAAAACUCCAAGGUUUUGAGACUUACCUCAUGACUGGAACCGAUGAGCACGGCCAGAAAGUCCAGCAGUCUGCCGAGAAAAUGGGACUGCAACCGCAGCAAUGGUGUGAUAACAUGGCUAAGACAUUUGAAACGUACUUUCUGGAGAACUUUGGUCUGUGCCCGGAUGUCUUUAUGCGCACGACGAUGCCUAAGCAUGUUGAGAUGGCUACCAAACUUUGGGAGAAGCUGCGUACUGCUGGACUGAUCUAUAAAGAUAAGUAUGAAGGUUGGUAUUGUGUUGCCGACGAAGCUUUUGUAACAGAGACAAAUCUCAAGGAUGGUGUUGAUGCUCAAGGGAAGCCAUGCAAAGUGUCUGCAGAGUCUGGCCAACCUUGUGUGUUUUUGAGCGAGGAAAACUAUAAGUUCAGACUCUCGUCAUUUCAGGAGCCCUUGCUCAAAUUUUACCAGGACAAUCCUGAGAUCAUCAUACCCGCCUUUCGACAGGCCGAAAUAGUCUCCUUCAUUCACUCGGGGCUUCACGAUAUCUCCAUUUCCCGUUCCAAAGACAAGAUCUCAUGGGGGAUCCCUGUGCCAGGGGACAGUGACCACGUUAUGUACGUCUGGAUUGACGCACUAGCUAUAUACCUAACCGCUGCUGAUUCUACAAUCAAUCCAGAUGGAACAUUUAGCAGUAGGUUGUGGCCUGCCGAUGUCCAGUUUUUGGGGAAAGAUAUUGCCAGAUUCCACUGUGUCUAUUGGCUUGCGUUUCUAAUGGGCGCAAGCAUACCGUGUCCUCGACGCUUUUUCAUCCAUGGGUGGUGGACAAUAAAUCACCAGAAAAUCGGGAAAAGUCUCGGUAAUGCCCUCGAUCCAAUGUCCCUGGUGGAGGCAUAUGGCUUGGACGGCGUUAAAUACUUCAUGUUGCGUGAAGGUUCUCCAGCAAAUGACCCCGGUAUUACGGAGGAACUUAUCUCGAUGCGUACAGAAUCAGACUUAGCGAAUGUUCUAGGCAACCUGACCAUGCGUUGCACCGCAGAUUCGUUACUACCGGACAGAGCCUGGACAGAUCCGUCGAAGCUAUUUGAAGGCGUAAGCUUUGCACAGAUCCGGUCUCUUUGGAUGAAAAGUAGAAGGAGCUCUAUAGCAGAACUAUUGCCAGCUGACGCGGGUGAGCGUGAAAAUAUUUCUUCUAUAAUAAAAAUCAACGAUAUCUCUGAUCUUCUGGAUAAAGGACUUGCGAUUUGUGAGGAAGUGACCAACCUUAUGGACAAUAUCGACAUUCCAGGAGCUCUUUCCAAGAUAUUUGAGAUUUUAGUUGGGAUUAAUAAUUAUAUUCAACUGACGAUGCCGUGGGUCCUGAUCAAGAAGGCGGAAACCAAGAAUGGCCAUGAAUUCGUCAUGUACUGCGCUAAUGAACUUUUACGUGUCUGUGCAACCCUCUUGCUUCCGUUUAUACCACAGAAGGCCCCGCUCAUCUUAGACCAACUUGGAGUUUCGAGUGAAGACCGAGUUAUUAAAAGGGAAGUCUUGACCAUUGGCUACAUUGCGCCAGGAUUGACGCUGGGUGAGAAAUUGCCGCCCCUGUUUCCAAAACAGAGCUCGAAAAAGCAAGGCACUGCACCAGCUCAAGGCAAAGCUAAGAACGGAAAGAAGAAGUAA